AUGGACACGGCUGGUGAGGGCAGCAGCAAGAAGGGGAAACGUAGGAAAGAUACAGGGAAGGCUCCAGCCAGGAGACGCCCGGCCCGGCCUCGGAAGCCCACUUCCGCCACUCGCCUCAUCCAGCAGCUGCGUCAGAUUGUGUUUCCUAGUCCUAAUACGAAAGCCUCAAGGCGUCAGGUGUUGCAUCAGACCAGAACCUACAUCCAGGAGCUUGAAAACACACUGGAUUCCCUGCUGAAGAUGAGAGGUCACUUUAAGGUGCUGGAUAGUGGCUCCAGCAGUCUGGAGGACGUCAAGGAGGAAUACAUGCAGAUGCAUUUUGUUCAAGAGCAAGGGGGCAUUCUUCCCAACACUGCGGUGGCAUCUGACAGUGAGCCUAUGUAUUGGCAUCUCCAGUCGGAUUUAGAAGUGGGACUGGGAGAAGCGGUGGAAGAAUUGAUAAUUGACUCGCAGAUCCCGGAGCCCCCAUCUUCUCCAGAUCUUAUUGAAUUCGAAAGGUACCUGUAUUUCUAUAGGCAGACAAUGGAUAUGCUGACAGAGAGCCAUGUGGUUUCCCCAGAGCAGAUUGCAGAACCCGUGGUGUCCAAAGCUAUCGCUAACUUGUGGCAAGAUCUUAAGCGGGAAGGUGAUGCCAGUAUCUGUCAUUAUGGUGUCCCCCAGGCUCAGAGUACACCCUGCUUCUUCACAUUACCAUCUGACUCAGGCUGCACUGACGGAUGUGCAAAAGACAACUCGACAGGGAGCCAAGAGGCCUCGAGCUCCUUCCUGUCCUCUACCCCAGAAGAGGCUCAGAGUACACCCUGCUUCUUCACAUUACCAUCUGACUCAGGCUGCACUGACGGAUGUGCAAAAGACAACUCGACAGGGAGCCAAGAGGCCUCGAGCUCCUUCCUGUCCUCUACCCCAGAAGAGAUUCUGUUUGAAGAUGCUUUUGAUGUGGCUGCAGGUUUCCUGGACCCUGGGGCUUUCCACAGCACUUCCAGCCCCAGGUACACAACAUCUGCCCCACAGUUCGAUUAUGAGACGGUUCUCCUGAGAUGUACUGAAACCUUCGACGAUGAGGAGGACCUGUGA